AUGGACAACUUUAUUUCAGAAGAAUCUCUAGAUGAUACCUUUACAUACCUCGACAAUAUUACUAUUUGCGGUUAUGACCAAGUUCAUCACGACAGAAAUCUUGAAAAUUUCCUAAAAGCUGCAGAGAAACGAAAUCUCACAUUUAAUCAAGAUAAGUGUACUUUCUCGACUACAACAAUCAGUAUUCCUGGCAGUGUGGUUACCAACGGAGGAAUAAAACCUGAUCCAGGGAGGUUGAGUCCACUGCAAGAGUUACCUGUCCCCAGAGAUCUGAAAGCGCAGAAUGGAGCAGUGGGACUCUUUUCUUAUUAUUCCCAGUGGAUAAACGACUUCGCGGCAAAAGUGGUCGACUGGUUGCAUUUUUUUCGAGGACAUUGA